AUGCGACCAUCAAGUCACGUUGGAGACCAUAAAAGUUCCUCGAGUGAUGAGAAAGUGAGGCUGCUGAAAGAGAUCUCCCAGCUGCAGCAGAAGAUUAAAGCACUGGAGCGAGAAAGAAAUAACACUGUAUUUAACAAGAAGUCGGAGUUGAGACCCUUCUACUCGGACUUGGAGGAGACCAGUUUGAAGAUAGAGGAGGAGAGGAAAACUGAGAGCAUGAGGCUGAAAAGGGACCUGGAAAAGCUGAAGAGCAAUGUGAGGUCAUUCAGGAACACCGUGCUCCAGUUGCGGCCAGGAGGCAGUGGCAAUUCGAGGGAGGAGGAGAGUUCGAGCAGACGGGAUGUGGUCGGGACUCCGAGUGGAGGUGUUACUCCUGGAACUACUUCAGUGGAGCGACUAAAGGAGAAGGUGGAAGAGAUAGACUCCAGUAUCAAUUCAUUCAAAGGCUCACACAGAGAGAACUACGAGAAAUUCGUGAUAAAUGAGAAGACGCUGAGCCAAGAAGUAGCCGCUCUGGACAGAAGAAUUGAUGUUUGGGACCUGCCAACCACUCAAAACAAUGCCAACUCGACCCAAGUGGCGCCUCCAACUUCUGCGACUGGAUCCAAAGUGAAGAUAUACAAUAUUGCCAAUGACUUGUCCUCCACUAAACCACAAGAAGUGCUGGAGUAUGAAAAGUACAUCGAACAACAUGGUGGUAGUAGAGGCGGUUGGGAGGAGUACGACCACGUCACCUUCACCAAGUACUACACCCUGCUCUACAAACAGAGCACAGCCGACGAAGAGGUAUCCAAACGGAAGCUGAUCGAACGUCUGGCAGUGGAACUGGCCCACAGGUCAGUUGAUGAUCUGGACAGUCAUUUCGAGUGGUACAAGAGACUGUUGGAGUUGGGUGAGAAGAAGAAGUAUGCGAUUACGCAGUGGAGAAAACAGAAGGACAAGGAGAGGGAGGCACUGAAGUCGAGAGCUGUGAAGAGCGAAAUUGACCUGGAGGAAGCUGAUGGUCGGGAAGGAAUUGAGGUGGACGAGAGUGACCUUAAAAAGGCAGAGGAGAAGAGGGAACUGUUGAAGGCGUGGAGAGAGUUCAGGGAGCAAGAGAGACGAAUUGCAAUUGAGCAGGAGAAGAUACGCAAAGAGGAGGAAAAGGAGAAGGAGAGGCAGCAUUUGGAGAGGCAGAAGGAGAUCAAGGCCCAAAUAGACGAGAUGAAGAUGCGGAAACAGCGAGAGGACGAGAUAGAGAGGCUGAAGAAGCUAGCUGACGAGUUAGAGCAGGACCACAUACGCAAGGCUGAACUCAGGGAAAAGAGAAUUCAGAGUACUAAGAAAGCACUCUCUCAAGCAGAGGAAAAGAAAGAAAUGAAGAAGUUGCAGGAGUUCGCGCAGGCGGAGAAGUCAAAGUAUGUAGUCCUCAGGAAGAAGGCAGUCGAAGCGAACGUCACACGAGACCCAAACAGGCUUUUGAAGCCGACCAAGGGCUGGGAAAAUCGAGUGAAAGAGGAAGAAAUGAAAAAUGAUGCAGGAAAACGUGUGGGGGGUCUCAGUGGUACCAUUGCUGUCACCCAUAUUCCUCACAGGGCAACUCCAGCUUGGAGAAGCAACGCAUCCUGA